AUGCACCUCGAGCCAACCCCCCUCCCACCCGCCCUCAACCACAUCCUCGAAUCCAUCACGCGCGUCUCCGCCCUCGUCCAGCCCGCCUUCGGCCUCGCACCACCCUCACAACCCCACCACCACCACCACCACCACCACAACCGACAACAGCAGGGAGAACAGGGACAAGCCGACACCCCCCCCACCAAUAUCUCCCCCGACGGCGUCGCCAACCCCAACAGCCGACAAGAGCGCGGCCACAAGCGCGUGGUGCGCGUGCGCUACGACCUGAACCACGCGCGCUCGCUGGUGGAGCAGCUGCGGGGGCUGUUUUGCGACGACGAUGCCGGCGCGGGGGGUCGGUGGAAGGGAAUAGAGCGCGGGCGGAAGGGGCUGGUGGAGAUGCGGCAGGUGGCGGCGGUGUUGGGGGCCGGAGCGCUGGUGUUGUAUUGUUUGGAGGGGGCGUUGGUGGAGUUGGGGCGGUUGUAUGAGGUGGAGGAGGGGAUAAGGAGGGGGGUGGGGGUUGGUGUUGGGGUUGGGGUUUCUCGUGGGCCGGAGGGGAAGGAGAGGGAGGAGAGGGAGGAGAGGGAGAGGGAUGUGGAUGUGGUAAGGUGGAUGAGGCAUGAGAGGAGGGGGGAGGUGUGGGAUUUGAUGAAGGGGGUGAAGGACUUUGGGACGGCUGUUUGGUUUUUCUUGACCAUCUUUGAGAGUCCAUCACCUGACGAAGCUGCGACGGGCCGAGCGAACCUGGUGACGGCGGUGGCUGAUAUUAUGGUCAAGGACAACGCGCUGUCCAAGACGAUCCACAUAUUAUACCCGGACUUGAAUCCAAGAUUGAGCAGCUUGGAGACAGCAGGUAUCUCGACCAUGGGCGGAUCGUCCCUUGGAGUAGAUACACUCAGAUCCAGUGGCGAUGCUGUGGUCUUCGGCUCAGCUACGCCCUCUGACAAAGCGAACAUCACUUACGAUAUCGACGAUAGUGGGGAUUCCGACUCUGACUCCGAGCCCGGGAUAGACACCCCUACAUCAUCCGUAUUUCCCAUCUCGGAACCAGACGAAGAAGGGCCGGAGCUAGGCUACCAGUUAACCCUGGCGGCCAUCCUCAACCCCAGUGUCGUCCGAGUGCCAGUCGCCAUGUCCGUAAACCCGCAUCCCUACAAGGCACGGCCAUGGCGCAUCACAAACGAGCAUCCCCCAUCCUCCCUCAACCUGAGCUCCCUCCGGGUCCUGACCGUGUCGACCGCUGGUAUCGACAUCUCUCCGCUCCCGGAAGACAUCCACACCUCGCUCCCGCCAAGCGCCCCUAACAAAACCCUCUCCGCCGACGCCGUCUUCCAACUCCCCGACAUCACCGACGAGAUUGUGCUUGACUUCUUCCGCCGUGCACUCCAUGUCUCGCGCUUCGCGGCACGGUUUGAGAACGGGAAGUUCCCGUACACGGGGUGUGGCGGUCGCUCAACCGAAGAGGAGGACAAGCUCGGGGGUCUCCUGCCGCGGCAACUGCGCGAGCUGUGUACGGAUCUCUACGAUGAACUUGUCAGACGGAACGUGGAGGACCAGAACAAGGGCCAGAGGGAGAGCGCGGACAGGGCACAAUUUGUGGAGCCAGAGGGAUUCAAUGCUAAGAGGAGGCGUGCGAGGGAGAAGUUGGCGGAUAUGGAAGACGAGCAUCUGGUUAAAUUCAUUGCCCUGGCGCUGAGGGAGCUCGAUAGGCGGUGCGGUGCUAAUGAGUAUGAUGCUUCGCGGGCCGCCGAAUGCCGCGCCGUUGCUGCCCUAAGGUUGGAGGGUGCUUCGCGCGAUGAGGCGGAGGAUCUCCAGGGAUGA